UCUCUCUUCUUGCACUUCCUCCUGCACCCCGCUAACUCUCUUCCUCUUCCUCCUCUCUCUCUCUCUCUAUCUCUCUCUCUUUCUCUCUCUCACUCAGGUGCUUUUCAUUUUCAAAGAAGCUAAGCUGCCAUGAUCAAGACACUCAGCCCUUACAAUUCAGCUGCAACAACCUCAAAGACUGCCGAGAUCCUGUCCAGGUACCGUCCCAUAGCUCCGAAGCCCGAGAUCCCCGCGACCGAUGGCCCCACCUCUCCUUCUUCGUCCUCCUCUCCUCCCUCCUCCAUGUCCCAGAAGAUCAGGCAGUCUCCCUACCUGAGGAACCUCUGGCCCCAGCUCCAGGCCAGGCCCACCAGGACCCGGAAGCGAGGCCGGACCGCCAUUUCACCGCCUGCCGUCAAGCGGCAGAGGACCCAGUCGGCCUCCCUUGGGAUUCAGCCCGUUCCUCCUCCACCAUCAACAACCAACGCCUGCAAGAGCCUCUCCUUUCAGGCUUUCACCGGUCUCGCAAUCACCCACCAGCUGCUUCCGGCCGUUAACACUGGCAUAGAGACGGUAACAGCCAGCCCUAGGAGCUUGGUGACCCUCCCUCUCCUCCCCUGCCCCAACGCUGCCCCAGUCACCUCGGAGGACCGUAUCAGUGCCCCCGAACGCGGCGGCAUUCUCCCCCGUGGAGAAGAUCAGGUCAUAGACUUGAACCUGAGCACUGGCAUGGUCACCCAAAUACCCGAAGAGAAGGAUCUCCUGCGGCAGCUUCAAGAAGCCGGCAACACGACCAACAACGGCACCGUCAUAGCCCCCCAGCCCCUCCGGCCUGUCGGCUCCAGCAUAAGCGUAGGGUCCAUCAGCAAAGGCCCGAGGCUCGCAAGUGAGCCACGGGUGCCGAGGAAGCGGGAGGAAGUGGAGGAAGAGGUGGAGUCGGAGGAGCUGCCGGCAGUGAUCUCGGACUCCAACAACAAAGUGAGGCUGGCGAACUCGGCCUACAAGGAGAUGGUGGGCCAGCCCGAGUGCUCAUGGCUCGAAUCGAUGGUGGUGGGGGGCAGCUGCGGUGGGGACAAGGGCGGCCCGUCAUGCAGGAGGAUUGGCGGGGAGGUGAUGCUGCGGUUCUCGUCCGGAGAGGAACUGCCGGUCUACUCGGACGGGUUCUCGUGCUGGGUGAGGAUCGAGUGGGGGAACGUCGAGGGGAAGAAGAGCUCGGUGAGGGCGUUCUGCGAGGUGAGUAAGCUCUCUUGCGAGUCGAAGGACUAUCACUUUACAUGGAGGUUCCACACCGGGACCAGAUCACGGGCUUUGGCUUCCCAAGGACCACGUCUCAGUCCCAUUGCCUAGUUUCCGAGCUCCGGCAUGAGAGCGCGAGUAGAACUUAGUUUUUGUAGUUAAAAUUGCAGUUCAUCUCCUUUUCUUCCUCAUUCCCUUGUUUUUCAACCUUUACAUAUAUAUAUAUUAUAUAUAUAUAUAUAAUAUAUGCAGAAUAUCAAGAGUAAGGUUAGUGCGUAGAGUACAUGCAGAAGUAGUACUAUAUGGUUACAACAAUAGAAAUAUAAAAAUAUUCGAACUAUAUAAGCUCCUGAACCUUAUUCUUCUUGAAAAGGAAUGUGUAUAUGUAAGUAAAUGGAUGCAUGGAGAUGUUCUGCAAUGUAAAUUUUCCCAAUAAUAUCUUAGGUUUUUGGUGGACCGUCCACUGGAAUAAUAAGUCUGCAUGUCAAUAUUUCACCA